AUGAAUGUCACUGCUUGGAAUGUUAGAGGGAUGAAUGAUCCCUAUAAAAUAAAGGAAAUUAAAAAUUUCCUGAAGCUGGAGAAGGUUGUUAUUUGUGGAUUGCUUGAGACUAGAGUGAGAGUUCAUAAUGCCAAUAAAAUUCAAAAGAAAUUUAGUGUUGAUUGGACUUGGUGCUGUAACUAUUCUUUCUCUCCAAGAGGAAGAAUAUGGUUUGGUUGGAAGCCUGGGGAAGUUAAUGUUCAGAUACUCAAACAAGCUGAACAAUUGAUGGCUUGUAAGGUUUCUAACCUUGAAGGCACAAUGGAUUUUCUUCUUAUAGUGGUAUAUGGUUUACACACUAUAAGUGAUAGGAGAGAGUUAUGGAAGGGCCUACUAGAAGUCCUUGAUGACAUCAACAGCCCAGGGAUGAUUAUAGGAGACUUUGAUGAUGUCUUACAUUCUAAUGAUAGAAUGAAUGGAAACCCAAUUAGUGCAACUGAGACUAUGGAUUUUGAAAACUUCAUGAAUGAGGCUAGAUUAAUAGAAGCUCCAACUGCAGGGGAUUUUUAUUCUUGGAAUAACAAAGGGAAUGGGCAAGCCAGAAUAGCUAGUAGGAUUGAUAAAGCCUUAGUUAAUUCUGAAUGGAUUGAUAAAUAUACUGAUGUGGUGGUGCAUUAUAGAGCUAAUGGUGUUUCUUAUCAUAGCCCAUUAGUGUUUAAUAUGGCUGCCCAAAGUGUCACAGGGGGAAGACCCUUUAAAUUCUUAAACAGUUUAUGUGAUCAUGAAAACUUUGAAGCUGUUGUUAUGGAAGCCUGGAAUAGUGUGAAUGCUGAGUAUAAGAUGAAAGGUAUAUGGCUAAAAUUGAAAAAAGUGAAACAUGCCCUGAAGCAACUUCAUAAACCUCAAGCUCAUGCCUGUUGCAAAAUUGAAGAGUUGAGAAGGAAGCUAGCUAAUGUGCAAAAUCUAGCUGACAUCAAUACUAGCACUAUCUUACAACAAGAAGAGAAGAAUUAUGAAGAACAACUCAUGUACUGGUCCCAGAUUGAAGAAAGUAUCCUCAGGCAGAAAUCUCGAAUUGAAUGGCUAAAUCAGAGAGACACUAACUCUAAAUUUUUCUUUGCUGCCAUGAAAAUAAGGAAAGCUAAGAAUAAGAUUGCUCAGAUUCAAAAUGAGCAAGUUAACACUACAGUGAUCACUUUGAUUCCUAAGAAGACUAAUGUCACUCAUGCUAAAGAUUACAUGCCAAUUUCCUGCUGCACAGUUGUGCAUAAAAUUGUGUCUGAGAUUUUAACACAAAGACUGGGCAAGGUAAUCAAUGAAGUGGUGAAUCCAGCUCAAUCAGGCUUCAUCCCUGGAAGACAUAUUGCAGACAAUAUUCUCCUUGCAACAGAGUUGAUCAAGGGUUACAAUAGGAAGAAUAUAUCUCCCAGAUGUGUAAUCAAGGUUGACAUUAAGAAGGCAUAUGAUUCAGUGAAAUGGUGCAUCCUGGAACAAAUGUUAUCAGAAUUGGGUUUCCCUGAUCCAUUUAUAAAAUGGACUAUGGUUUGUGUGAGAGGUGUAAGCUAUUCUAUUUUGUUAAAUGGAAUACCUGCCAUGCCUUUUCAUGCUAAGAAGGGAGUGAGAGAAGGGGAUCCACUCUCCCCUUUCUUGUUUGCCCUAAGCAUGGAAUAUCUGAGUAGAUGUCUGGAAGAACUCCGUCAUAUUCCAGAUUUUAAUUUUCACCCUAAGUGUAAAAAGAUAAAGCUCACUCACAUGAUGUUUGCAGAUGACCUGCUAUUAUUUGCAAGAGCUGAUCAUUGUUCAAUAACUAAGAUCAUGGAUGCAUUUAAGAAGUUCUCUACAGCUUCAGGGCUUGAAGCAAGUGUUGAAAAAAGUAGUAUUUACUUGGCUGGGGUUUCAGAGGAUGAUAAGCUAUCAUUAGCUGAGCUCAUUCUCAUGCCUAUUGGUCAGCUACCCUUCAAGUAUCUGGGGGUUCCAUUAGCCUCAAAAAAACUAAGCUAUGGCUAG